AGCAGCAAGAUGAAGCACCUGCUGUUUUGGGGGAUAGCUUUUGCUGCACUCUACGUCGGCCAUUCAAGGACUCCAGAUUUCUGUCUGCUGGCCCCCGAACAAGGUGAUGGCCCAACCUUUACCCCCUAUUUGUAUUACGAUGCCGCCAAAGACCAGUGCAAUCCUUUCCUAUACAAAGGCACAGGAGGAAAUGCCAACCGUUUUCAAAAUGAAAGGGAGUGCAUGAGAAACUGUUCCGACAAUGCAGAGUGGUUCUACCCCAGGGAUGAAACUCAAGCUUGCCACUUCAAAAAGGCCAAAGGUAUUUGUGGUGGUCAGUAUCUGAGAUACUAUUAUGAUUCUGUUCAUGACAAAUGCAAAAAGUUCCUUUGGUCUGGUUGCGUUGGAAACGGAAACAGAUUUUUCGACUAUGACAGCUGCAAUGCCACAUGUGCUGGCAUCCACGAUGAUGGUGAUGAAGAGGAGGAGGACGAGCCAGACACUCCUAUUGCAAUCAUCUGUGGAGUUUUGCUAGCUGUGAUUGUUGCCGCUAUCAUCAUCACUGUGACCGUCUUGACCGUUAAGUCAAAGAAGAAGAGCUCCAAGGCUCCAGGGAAAAGUAAAGACCCCAAGUCUGACUUACCUCUUCGCGAGCAGGGAAUUGAAAUGGCAUAGAUCAUCACGUAACCUCAACUGCAACAUGUGGAGUUUUUACCAGCUUGCUUUUAUGUUAUAACUCUACUGGUCUUGGUGCCAAACAUAUCAACUGAUUAUUACAUUAUAAGUUCAACUUGCAUUUUUUACUGAGAUUGAACAGUUUGUUCAAUUUUCUGUUUUGUUUCACCUCAACUGCUUGUUCAAAGUGACCUGUCUCAAGUUGGUUUGUUUGUUUUCAGCAACCAUUUUGAUAGCUAAUUACUCACACUAAAUUUUCAAGCAAAAAUGACAAACAUUCCCUUUGUUUCAGUUUAUCAUUUGUUUGGAUUUUCUGCCUUUCUUUGUUUUAUGUGAAAGCAAAAUCAGUAUAUUUAGUUUUGUACUGUUGGCUGGACAAAACAAACAUUUGGGGAUCCAGGAAAUUGUGAAUCCUUACAAAUUUCUGACAUUUUAGAGACUAAACAAUUAAUUGAGUAAAUAAUCAUCAAAGUAAUUAUUAAUUCAACUAAUUAUGACUUGCAGCCCUAAAAGAUACAAACCCAUCAUUCAGACGUUAUGGAAAAAAACUUCCACUAGAAGAAAGUCAGUGUUUUAGACAAAUGUUCGUGCUCAGGAGCCAAACUACAUAAUUUCAAGUUCAGAUACUCAUCCUCUUCUGCACUGUUACCUGAUAUGCUUUUAACUGUGUUAUCUCUUAAUCAUUUCAGUGUUUCCAAAAUAUAACUGCAUCAUCACCUGGCUAGACCAUUUGCUAAAAACUGUCUGAAGUCCUCUGAAUGCAUGUGCCAAUUUAAAUCCCAACACAUAUUUAGAGAUGUUUUUUGUUAUUAUGUUUUCUUGCUCAGCGUUUGUGAAUAUUCAGUGUUAGACUGUAAAGAUCAGCAAGUGUCAAUAAAACCUCACAUUUAUCUUAAAAUGUAUGGCUGAAAUAUGAUUUAAGCAGACGCUUUGUAUUUGGUAUAUAAAAAUGGCUGAGGAUAUUGCAGAAUAAUCACUAGAAUGUUUUAUUUUGUAGGAAAGGUGCUGGUGGAGCUGCAUUUUUUUAUUCACUAUAGGUGGUGUUAAUGUUUUGAUUAUCAUUGUUUUAGUGCUGAAAUUCUUCUCGAACUGUUUGAGUACAGAACACAUUUACAGAGGCUUUUUUUCCAGGGUGUUUUUUGCUGUUUGAGUUGGAACAGGGUUUUUCACUGUUGUUUAAUUAGUCUGUCUAAUCUAUUGAACUAAUAGAUUAUACUGUUGGUGUUCAUCCCAAAUUUAAAUCGGAAAUGUCAGAGGAAGACCCAGGUUCAUACCUAAUCAAAACAAGAAAAAAGGUUUUUGACAACCCUUGCCAUGUGUAAGUUGUAAACAUG